AUGGCUGAGACCGCACCCAAGGCCGCCAACCUCGACCCCAAGUACGACGACUAUGACUACCCGACGACGGCUCCGGAGGUGAAGUCGGGGCAUCCUGGCCACACGACCCCCGAGCAGGAUGCAAAGGUCGUUCAACUCCGCUCCAUGCUCGAGCAGUUGGGAUACACCGAGCGCUUGGACACUUUGACCUUGCUGCGGUUUCUGAGGGCCCGGAAGUUCAAUGUCGAAGCGGCCAAGGUUAUGUUCGUCGAAUGCGAGAAGUGGAGAAAGGAGUUUGGCACGGACGACCUCGUCCGGAAUUUCGAGUACACCGAGAAGCCUCAAGUGUUUGAAUACUACCCGCAAUAUUACCACAAGACGGAUAAGGAUGGGAGACCCGUCUACAUUGAGAAGCUGGGAAAGAUCGACCUCAAUGCCAUGUACAAGAUCACGACCGCCGAACGGAUGCUCCAAAACCUCGUGUGUGAGUACGAGAAACUGGCGGACCCCCGGUUGCCGGCGUGCUCGCGUAAGGCGGGCAAGUUGCUCGAGACAUGCUGCACCAUCAUGGACCUGAAAGGCGUGGGAAUCACCAACGUCCCAUCCGUAUAUGGCUACGUUCGUCAGGCCUCUGCUAUCUCGCAGAAUUACUACCCGGAGCGUCUGGGCAAGCUGUACCUGAUCAAUGCUCCGUGGGGGUUCAGUAGCGUCUUCAGCGUCGUCAAAAGCUUCCUCGACCCGGUCACGGUCGACAAGAUCAAGGUUCUGGGGAGUAACUACCAGAAGGAGCUUCUGGAGCAGGUUCCGGCCGAGAAUCUCCCCAAGGAAUUCGGCGGCACCUGCGAGUGCGAGGGCGGCUGCCAGCUCAGCGAUAUGGGUCCUUGGAAGGAGAAGGAAUGGGCCCGGCCACCCAAGUGGGCUCAAAACGACAGUGCUGCCAUCAAGAACGAGGAGGUAGGCAUUGAGAAGCCAGCGGAGGGUCAGGCACCUGCGGCCGGCAGCGAAACUGCCGAAGCCGGAGCUGGUGUUGAGGCUGAGGCCGGAGCCAAGGCAACUGCAUAG